UUUUAGACCGUCCCAUGAAGCCCAGAAUUCGAUUACGGGGCUUCCUCCUUCAAGAUGCGUUUUCAGCGCGGUCGUUAGCUCGGACACAGCGACGACAUGCCACUGGUUCCUCGUCCUCUCCUCAACCUCCCCGGGCGUCCCCGGCUUCCCGUCGGUGGCUGCGGCUGACAUUGGUAACCGUCACAGCUGCGGGAAUUGGUGCAUACAUAAAAUGGAUGCAGGACAUGAAAACAGCCUCUACGACCUUGAACCCAGGUCGAUUCACGUCAUACCAAUUAGUAUCUCGCGAACCUGUCUCAUCCACCGGCAGCUUGUUUACGAUCAAGCCUCCAAAAUCAGAUGGAAGCAAUCUCAAAGUAUAUGAAGAUGCAUGGAAUACUGGGGUAUGGAGUGUUAUGUUCAAGCAACCACAGUUGCAAAUCGGCCGUGACUAUACUCCUCUGCCGCCAACGUCAGCUAAUGAGGACGAUGAGUGCCUGCGAUUCUUCAUUCGCAAAGACCCCUUUGGAGAAGUUUCCCGGUACCUGCACAGCCUGAAGAUAGGUGCACGCAUUGAAGUACGUGGACCUCGAAUCGAGUGCGAGAUUCCUCCAGAUACAGACAGGAUUCUCUUUAUUGCUGGUGGGACUGGAAUUGCGCCUGCUCUGCAGGCGGGACAUACCCUCCUUCGACGUACGGACCAUAUCAGAAAACCCACAAUACACAUUCUUUGGGCAAAUCGGCAGCGGCAAGAUUGCGCUGGUGGGUACAAUGAGACUACGGACACAACUGCUGAAACACGAAUGUCAUGGCUUUACGGGCUCUUUGGAUCUUCAAAAUCAGUUACCAGGCCGGCUCCUGCUGAGGUAGCGGAUACUGUGGAGCCGUCUCUUAUUGUUCGAGAGAUAGAGGCUCUCAAAGCGCAGUAUCCUGAGCAAGUUACCGUGCAGUAUUUCGUUGAUGAGGAAAGCAGUUUCAUUGGGAAGAAGACCAUAUUGGAAUGCACCAAAACCGCCGUGCCGUCCUCCCCCGACAAGAGCAAACGCAAUUUGAUCUUUGUUUCGGGACCGGAGGGCUUCAUCAGCUACAUGGCUGGACCCAAGCUCUGGGCGCAAGGCAUGGAGCUGCAGGGUCCUCUACAAGGCAUCAUAAAGGAGCUUGAUCUUCAGGAUUGGGCCGUUUGGAAGCUUUGACAGUCGUAGGCCUGAUUCAUCCAAAUAUCCACCCCUCU